ACAACAAAACCAGCUUGGGCCAGUCAAGUUGGUUAGUUGUUUUUCCCAGAGACAUAUUUUCCGGAUAGCCACUGAAGUAUAGCAACUGACGUGUCCUAUGAUGUUCUCAAUCACAUAUUGAAACAAAUCAGGUGAGGACACUUGUAUUUUUACCAGGAGCUAGAAUUUCAACCACAAAUAUAUAUGACAAGUUUACACAAAGCGUGUCAGGCGUUUAUAAAGGUUCUAGAAAACAUUUCUAAUAGGCAUACUCAGUCAUUAACUUGUCAAUCUCUUAUAAUAAAAGCACUUGGACACGGGUCGCUCCGUACAUGCCUUGAAACUGAGGCCGUCAAAACUUAGCGCCAAAUUAAGUUUCCAUUGCCAUCAAGGAAGUUGUUCACUCUACAAAAUAACCCCCCAUCUCGCACUCUUGUUGCAGCAACCUUUAAUACCGAAAUCGCCACCCCGUAAUCACAUAUUCAAGAUGUGGAUUGUUAACUGGUUUUGGGAUACUCUUGCAUCGCUGGGACUCCUGAACAAGCAUGCAAAACUCCUGUUUCUCGGUCUCGACAAUGCGGGAAAGACGACGCUGCUGCAUAUGUUGAAGAAUGACAGAGUCGCUAUCCUCCAACCUACUCUCCAUCCCACAUCCGAAGAACUUGCCAUUGGCAACGUUAAAUUCACAACUUUCGACUUGGGCGGUCAUCAACAAGCUCGCCGUCUCUGGAAGGACUAUUUCCCAGAAGUCUCUGGCAUCGUAUUCCUUGUUGACGCUAAGGACCACGAGCGUCUCUCUGAAUCAAAAGCUGAGCUCGACGCUCUGUUGAGCAUGGAGGAGUUAAGCAAGGUCCCGUUCGUGGUUUUGGGUAACAAGAUCGAUCACCCGGAUGCGGUCAGUGAGGAUGAGUUGAGACAUCAGUUGGGACUAUAUCAGACAACGGGCAAGGGCAAGGUUCCUCUUGAGGGUAUCAGACCUAUCGAGGUUUUCAUGUGCUCCGUUGUUAUGAGACAGGGUUACGGUGAAGGCAUCAGAUGGUUGUCGCAAUAUGUUUAGAUAGGAGGCUAUAGAGAGAAGGCC